AUGCAUAUCACGAACGGGACUUUAACUGUGUCGAUACAAAUACAGGCCUUGUGUCACUGCAGUGAAUGCCGAAAAAUCUCGGGAAGCGCUUUUGGUUUCAACUGGGUCCUCGCAAGCAAAGACGUCGAAGUCACUGGUACCCCGAAGACUUUCACGACCACCGCCAAGAGCGGGAACGCAGUCAUCAGCCACUUCUGCAGUGACUGUGGAGUGACGCUUUGGAGGGACGGACCCGCCACGAAGGGGAUGAUGUACUUCAAGGCGGGCACACUGGAUGACUGGAAGGAUCAGAGUUCGAUGGCUCCCUUUGCAGAAAUCUUUACCUCGCGACGUCUUUCCUGGGUCAAUGCUGUUCCGAAUGCGGCCCAGAAGAGCGAGAUGGAGUAG